AUGCUCAAGAAGAUAUUCUGCCGUGCCGCAAGCGCUCUCCAUCUCGAUGGACACCAUCCACCACCCACAUCUGAAGAACAUACAAUGACUAUCCAAAGCACCGUGAAAGUUGGCAACACUACUCUCGCCAAGAUCGGCCAUGGACUCAUGACCAUGACCUGGGUCCCCACUCAAGUUCCCGACGACGUUGCAUUCGAAGCUAUCAAAACCAGCUUGGACGCCGUUCCAGCCGGAGUCAAGAUGCUUUUGAACGCCGCCGAAUUCUAUGGCGAACCCCAUGAUUUCACUGCCAAUCUCGAUCUGGUGGCGCGCUUCUUCGAGAAGUAUCCCUCCUACGCCGACAAGGCCUUCCUUUCUGUCAAGGGAGGAACGAAAGAAAACGCCUACGCCCCAGACAACUCCGCCGAGAACCUGAGACGCAGCGUCGACAAUUGCUUGAAGCACCUCCGGGGAGCAAAGAAGAUUGAUCUUUUUGAACCAUGCCGCAUUGACAACAAGUAUCCAGUUGAGGACCAAAUUCGUGCACUCGCUGCAUUGCAGAAGGAAGGCAAGUUCGGCUACAUCGGCCUUUCUGAGUGUAGCGCGGCUUCUCUAAGGAGGGCACAGGCGGUCGCACCAAUCACUAUGGUUGAAAUAGAAGUCAGCCCCAUUGCCUACGAAGAGGAAACCAAGAAAGUAAUCGCAACUUGCGCCGAGUUCGGUAUCAUCAUCGAGGCCUACUCGCCAAUGGGCAAGGGACUCCUUACGGGAGCUAUUACCAAGCUGGAAGACCUUCCUGCCGGAGACCACCGAAGCCGAUUCUCCCGUUUCACACCCGAGAACUUCGAGCAUAACUCCAAGAUAGUGAAUGCCUUCAACUCCAUCGCUGCUUCUAAGGGUGUCACGCCCGCCCAGCUAUCCAUUGCCUGGGUCAGCUCGAAGGGACCUCACAUCAUCCCCCUGCCCGGCUCCUCCAAAAAGUCCCGAACGGAGGAGAAUCUCGCGGCCUGCGAUAUCAAGCUCACUGAGGCGGAGAUCGCCCAAAUCGAUGCGGCGGUGACGGCCACUCCCGUUAAGGGCGGCCGUGCUGUUGAUGGGUUGGAGUCCGUUUUCAUGCUCUGGGGAUGA